AGGAAAGAGAGAUCUUCCAGUCGCCAGUGCUGCAGGAGCCACAGCCCCUUCCUGGUGAGGUGAUGGAGGACGUCACUCCAGCGCAGACGGCGAUUCUUUCAACCUCCCGCGUUCAGAAAGAUGAGCGAUCCGAAAAAGCCAAAGUCGAAGCCGAGAAAGUUCCCAAGGAGCUGGAAGUGUCAUGCGAAGCACCUACACCAGCUGCUCCCGCGUCCCCGUCCGCUGACACGACGACGUCCUUCACGCGCUUGACGCACGCGGCGGAGUUUUAUGCGGCGCAAACGGCGACACAUGCCGCGGAGUUUUUUUCAUACAAGAUCCUGGGCUGA